CUUGAUAACCCCAUAAACUUGAAGUGUUCUUCUGACGGCUCAUCAACGAGUUUUCUUGCACUGUGUCAUCUUCCCCAAUAGCAAGACUUGCUUUCUUCGUAACCAACCUUCUCUCUCUCUCUCUCUCUCUCUUUUCUUGUCUUCCUCAAUCAUCAGUUUCUUGCAACUGUAACACACCGGCGUAACAUAUCGCGUCUUUAUAUAUUCUUACACAUUCAACCACUGGGAUCAUGUAGCUACUUAGUCUUUCCCCGUUGUCAUGCUCCUUUGUCUCACACUGUUCUUCUGAACUCUCUCUCUCUCUCUGAUGGCGGACAUAGACUGUUCUCCCCAAACCAAGCCAUUUGCUGCUAACAUCAGUAGCAAUGGUAUCACACCGCUGAAGCUCUUCGGCAUCAACAUAUCAUCAUCACCGCCGCUGGCAGACAGAGCGAAAGAGAAGGUUCUUGGGGAUGAUUCGAAUUCGAAUUCGACAAAGUCUUCGUCAUCCGGGUCGCCAGAAUCCGACGGCCGGAAGUUCGAGUGCCAGUACUGCUGCCGUGAGUUCGCCAACUCGCAGGCCUUGGGCGGCCACCAGAACGCGCACAAGAAGGAGCGCCAGCUCCUGAAGCGCGCCCAGAUGCGAGUCGCCGCCGCCGAGGGCCGGAAGCUGCACAACCCGUUCAUGUCCACCUUCACCCCGCCGCACCACCUCCUGGCCCCGCCCCUGUCGCCGGCAGGGACCCCUCCGUGGCUGAUCCUUCCGCGCACCGGCCACGCGUCUUCGUUCCAAGUUGCCAACGGCGUUGGCUUGUAUUUCGCUGGAGCGUCGCCUCGCGUCCCCGGGAGGCACGUGAGUGGAGGCAGCAUUGGCGAGACAGCCACAACUGCGACCAGGUCGCUUUUGCUUGAUGAAGUGAGAGCUCAUGGUAAUCGCUCUUCCUCUCAGAUCGAAAAGAAGGGUCUAGGGUUGGAUCUGCAUUUGAGUCUUGGACCAGCUGCUACGUAACUUGUGAUCUCAUUUGGUAAUUGUUAAGUCGGUCCAUUUAGUACCAACAAAAUGUGGAGUUAGAGCGUUGGAACAUGUAAAAUCUGCGAAGUUUUUUCUUGUGUGCUCAAAUAUCCUCUCUAUCAAGCGAGAAAAUUGUCAUGUACAAUGAGUGAAAACUAUACGGAUCUUGAACUUUGAUU